AUGCGGGCAUCGCUGCUGUUGUCGGUGCUGAGGCCCGCGGGGCCCGUGGCUGUGGGUAUCUCUUUGGGCUUCACUCUGAGCCUACUCAGCGUCACCUGGGUGGAGGAGCCUUGCGGCCCAGGGCCGCCCCAGCCCGGAGAUUCUGAGCUGCCUCCGCGCGGCAACACCAAUGCGGCGCGCCGGCCCAACUCGGUGCAGCCCGGAGCGGAGCGCGAGAGGCCCGGGAACGGUGCAGGAGCCGGGGAGAACUGGGAGCCGCGUGUCUUGCCCUACCACCCUGCACAGCCUGGCCAGGCCGCCAAAAAGGCCGUCAGGACUCGCUACAUCAGCACGGAGCUGGGCAUCAGGCAGAAGUUGCUCGUGGCGGUGCUGACCUCACAGGCCACGUUGCCUACGCUGGGCGUGGCCGUGAACCGCACGCUGGGGCACAGGCUGGAGCGUGUGGUGUUCCUGACAGGCUCGAGGGGCCGCCGGGCACCACCAGGUAUGGCCGUGGUGACGCUAGGCGAGGAGCGGCCCAUUGGGCACCUGCACCUGGCACUGCGCCACCUGCUGGAACAGCACGGCGACGACUUCGACUGGUUCUUCCUAGUACCCGAUGCCACCUACACCGAGGCACACGGACUGGCUCGCCUAGUCGGCCGUCUCAGCCUGGCAGCUGCUGCCCACCUCUAUCUGGGCCGGCCCCAGGACUUCAUCGGUGGAGAGCCUGCCCCAGGCCGCUACUGCCACGGGGGUUUUGGGGUGCUGCUGUCGCGCACACUGCUGCAGCAGCUGCGCCCCCACCUGGAAGCCUGUCGCAAUGACAUCGUCAGUGCGCGCCCGGAUGAGUGGCUGGGCCGCUGCAUCCUUGAUGCCACCGGGGUGGGCUGCACUGGCGACCACGAGGGGGUCCACUAUAGCUACCUGGAGCUGAGCCCUGGGGAGCCCGUGCAGGAGGGGGACCCUCGUUUCCGUAGUGCCCUGACUGCUCACCCUGUCCAUGACCCUGUGCACGUGUACCAGCUGCACAAGGCUUUUGCUCGAGCUGAACUGGAACGCACAUACCAGGAGAUCCAGGAGUUACAGUGGGAGAUCCAGAACACCAGCCGCCUGGCAGCGGAUGGGGAGCGGGCAGCCGCCUGGCCAGUGGGCAUUCCAGCACCGUCUCGCCCUGCCUCCCGCUUUGAGGUGCUGCGCUGGGACUAUUUCACAGAGCAACAUGCUUUCUCCUGCGCUGAUGGCUCCCCCCGCUGCCCGCUGCGUGGGGCUGACCGGGCCGAUGUGGCUGACGUUCUGGGGGCAGCCCUAGAGGAGCUCAACCGCCGAUAUCACCCGGCCCUGCGGCUCCAGAAACAGCAACUGGUUAACGGCUACCGACGCUUCGAUCCUGCCCGCGGGAUGGAGUACACGCUGGACUUGCAGCUGGAGGCACUGACCCCCCAGGGGGGCCGCCGGCCCCUCACCCGCCGGGUGCAGCUGCUACGGCCACUGAGCCGCGUGGAGAUCUUGCCCGUGCCCUACGUCACGGAGGCCUCGCGUCUCACUGUGUUACUCCCACUGGCCGCGGCUGAGCGUGACCUGGCCCCUGCCUUCCUGGAGGCCUUUGCCACGGCGGCGCUGGAGCCUGGUGAUGCUGCCGCAGCCCUGACCCUGUUGCUACUAUAUGAGCCCCGACAGGCCCAGCGGGCGGCCCACGCCGAUGUCUUUGCCCCCGUCAAGGCCCAUGUGGCAGAACUGGAGCGGCGUUUCCCUGGUGCCCGGGUGCCCUGGCUCAGCGUGCAGACAGCUGCACCCUCCCCGCUGCGCCUCAUGGAUCUCCUCUCCAAGAAGCACCCGCUGGACACGCUGUUCCUGCUGGCCGGGCCAGACACGGUGCUCACUCCUGACUUCCUGAACCGCUGCCGCAUGCAUGCCAUCUCUGGCUGGCAGGCCUUCUUCCCCAUGCACUUCCAGGCCUUCCACCCGGCCGUGGCCCCACCCCAGGGCCCAGGACCCCCCGAACUGGGCCGCGAUACAGGCCGUUUCGAUCGCCAGGCGGCCACCGAGGCCUGCUUCUACAAUUCCGACUACGUGGCGGCCCGAGCACGGCUGGCAGCGUCCUCGGACCAGGAGGAGGAGCUGAUGGAGAGCCUGGAUGUGUACGAGCUGUUCCUGCGUUUCUCCAGCCUGCACGUGCUGCGGGCUGUGGAGCCGGCGCUGCUGCAGCGCUAUCGGGCGCAGACGUGCAGUGCACGGCUCAGCGAGGACCUCUACCACCGCUGCCGCCAGAGCGCGCUCGAGAGCCUCGGCUCCCGCACGCAGCUGGCCAUGCUGCUCUUUGAACAGGAGCAGGGCAACAGCACCUGA